AUGGACUCUGUGGAAGUCCCUGAAGUAGUGGUUCUGAGGCUGCCCCUUUAUGUAAGAGCGUUGUCGCAGCUAAUGUCUGAAUCGAUCGAUGUAGUAAGUUCGCAGCAGCUCGGCGGCCUGCUGCAGAUGACGCCCGCGCAGAUUCGCAAGGAUCUGAGUUACUUCGGGAGGUUCGGCAAGCAGGGCAGAGGCUACGAUGUGCGCUUCCUGCUGCACGAGCUGCAAGAAAUCCUCGGACUCGACCGCGAGUGGCGCGCAUGCCUCGUUGGAGUCGGACGGCUCGGGCGGGCUAUCAUCAACUACCCCGGCUUCUACCGCGAGAACUUCCGCAUCGUUGCCGCAUUCGACGGCGAUCGCGCACAGGUGGGCAGCACGAUUGGCGAGUUCAAUGUGCAAUCCAUGGACGAGUUAAGCGACACAGUUAUCGACAAGAAGAUUUCGAUCGGCAUCGUGGCGGUGCCGGCGCAGCAGGCGCAAAACGUCAUAGAUGUGCUGAUAGAGAACAACAUCAAGGGCAUCCUGAACUACGCGCCGGUUGCGGCCAAGGUGCCGAUGAACAUCGUGGUGCGGAACAUCGAUCCCGUGCUCUCGCUGCAGUCCAUGACCUUCUACCUGCGAGAAUUGGAGUGA